AAUAUGCGCCUAUAAACGGGAGGACAACACGGGUUUGCUUAUCACAAAGUACAUGAAUGCGCAGCCACACAAAAAUGCUUUUAAAUUUGAAAGAUUAAAGGAUUGAAUGUAAAAGAUUAUUAUUGAGUCUCUUGGACAUAAAUGAGGACUAAUUAUGAGACGUUAGAAGGCGCAAAGAGCUGCUUCACCUGCAGCCUGGUAAGUAAAUAAAUGCUUUGCUUUAAACAAAUGCAUCUGUUUUUAAAUGUUUUUUUUUAAUGCUACCUCACGGAUUUAUUGUAUAUGAUGACUCUGUACCUGUGGAUAUGGUGAGAUGAGAAACAUUUUUAAGGAAUGCUUAAAAAUGUUUAUGUGAUUGUGAAGGAAUGCUUAAAAAAACUCGCUGUCCAAAGUGCUGAAACGUGAGGAGAGCCGUUUGUAAAUUCUUUAUCUCCUGUUUGUUACAAAUAAAGUAUUUUUAGAGUACAAACCUUAUCUUACAUACUUGUAAAUUAUGUUUUGAUGAUAUUGGAUAGCCAUACAUUUAAAGCAAUUACAAGCCUGCUUUUUUACUUCCAUGACUAAAAGAAAACGGGUUUUAAAGGUUUUAAUAAAAAAAUAAAAAUUUCAAUACAAGUGAAAAACAACACAAUUAUUUAAUAUUCUUCUUCCCCCGCUUAGUUUUUCAGUUUAUAAAGUCCGUCAUCUAAAUAGGGAAUAGACAUAGUGCCAGCGCAACUUGCUUUUAAAGGGAAUGAGAGCUGAGACUCUCAUUGGUUUAUUGCACGUUACGCCCAAAAUACUCCCAUUGCAAUAGAACCAACCCUUUUCGGCCAUGCGCUCGGCGCACAAACCAUUUUUCCCGUCGUUAAAUUAGCAAAAGUGGAUUCGGACACGCCCAUUUAGACGUUGCGCUGUGCGCUUUAGACAAUGCGUAUAGAUCUUUAAAAUAGGGCCCAUGAUCUGAUUCAACAGGUUGUGUUAGUAAACUGAGGUUAAUACACAGAUGAGGUUCAUACAUGGUUUUGUUAUUCAGUAGUGAGGAAGUGAAGAUCAACAGCUGGACACAGUUUAUUCACAGAUAAAAACAACUGAACUUCUGUCAUGAGCUUCAGAAAGAGAGAGUCUCUCUGGAGAAACAGACACAAACACAAUGAACAGAAUCUGCUGAAUCCAGCUGUGUGUCUAUGAAGAGUGAUCAUUCAAUGGAUAAUCCACUUACUAAGUUCAGUUCAGGAGACUCUGGUGCAAAUGUGAGUAACACAACAGAGGAAUCAAAGUCCUUCAAAGGGAAGCAGAUGGAUUCAGUUUUUCAGCAUCUUGAAGACAAAAUCAUCUCUCUGAUGAAGAAAGAGCUGAAGAUCUUCAAGAGACUACUGAGCUCAGAUUACCCAGCAUGCUCUGAGAGAGACGAGGAGGAUGAAGAUCAGAUCAGAGUCAGAGAUGAGCUUCUGAGGAUCACACUGCACGUCCUGAAGAAGAUGAACCAGACAAACCUCGCUGAUAAACUACAGACCAAACUUUUACCUUUGUGUGUGAAAAAACACAAAUCCAGACUAAAGGAGAAAUUCCAGAGAAUAAAUGAAGGAAUAUCAAGUCAAGGAAACUCAAGACUUGUGAAUGAGAUCUACAUAGAGCUGUACAUCACAGAGGGAGGGAGUAACGAACUCAAUAAUGAACAUGAGGUGAGACAGAUUGAGACAACAUCCAGAAGAUCAGAGACACAAGAAACACCAAUCAAAUGUAAUGACAUCUUUAAAGCUUUACCUGGACAAGACAAAAACAUCAGAACUGUUCUGACUAAAGGAAUUGCUGGAAUUGGAAAAACCGUCUCUGUACAGAAGUUCAUUCUGGACUGGAGUGAAGGAAAAGCAAAUCAGGAUCUUCGCUUCAUAUUUCCACUUCCAUUCAGAGAACUGAAUCUGAUGAAGAACAGAAAUAUCAGUCUGAUGGAUCUUCUUCAUCAGUUCUUCAUAGAUACAAAAGAUCUGAGAUCAAGAGACUUUGAUGUCUAUAAAGUUGUGUUUAUUUUUGAUGGUCUGGAUGAGUGUCGACUUCCUCUAGAUUUCUCAAAGAAUCAGAGUUUGUUUGAUGUAAGAGAAGAAGCUUCAGUGGAUGUGCUGUUGACAAAUCUCAUCAAGGGGAAUCUGCUUCCUUCUGCUCUGAUCUGGAUAACAUCACGACCAGCAGCAGCCAAUCAGAUUCCUACUGACUGUGUCCACCAGAUCACAGAUGUACGAGGAUUCAAUGAUCCUCAGAAGGACGAGUAUUUCAUCAAGAGAAUAAAUGAUGAGAGUUUGUCCAACAGAAUCAUCAGCCACAUCAAAUCAUCCAGGAGUUUGUACAUCAUGUGUCACAUCCCAGUCUUCUGUUGGAUUACAGCCACUGUUCUAGAGAGAAUGUUGAGUGAAUCAGAGAGUCAAGCAGAGAUCCCUAAGACUCUCACUCAAAUGUUCACACACUUCCUGAUCUUUCAGACCAAACUGAAGAGUCAGAAGUAUGAUGGGAAAUGUGAGGUAGAUCUUCAACAGGUUAGAAAGAGUCUUCUGUCACUGGGAAAACUGGCUUUUCAACAGCUGGAGAAAGGGAAUCUGAUCUUCUAUGAGCAGGAUCUGAGAGAGUGUGACAUUGAUGUCAGAGAAGCUUCAGUGUACUCAGGAGUUUGUACUCAGAUCUUCAGAGAGGAGUUUGGACUGAACCUGGGGAAGGUCUACAGCUUUGUGCAUCUGAGCAUUCAGGAGUUUCUCGCUGCUUUAUUUGUCUUUCUUUCAUUUUCUCAACAAACAUCAGGAUCAACUAUGAGUAAAUUACUGAAGAGUGAAGUGGACAAAGCCUUACAGAGUGAGAACGGACAUCUGGACCUUUACCUCCGAUUCCUUCUGGGUCUCUCACUGAAGUCCAAUCAGAUGAUCUUACGAGAUCUACUGACACAGACAGGAAGAAGAUCUAACAGCAGACAGGAAAUAGUUGAGUACAUUAAGAUGAAGAUCAGAGAGAAUCAAUUUCCAGAGAAAUCCAUCAAUCUGUUUCACUGUCUGAAUGAACUGAAUGAUCAAUCUCUAGUGAAUGAGGUACAAACAUAUCUGAACAGAAAAGAUUACUGGUGUCUCUCUGGAGUCAAACUCUCUCCCUCUCAGUGGUCGGCUGUGGUGUUUGUUUUACUGAACUCAGAUCAGAAUCUGGAUGAGUUUAUACUGAGUAAAUAUAAUCCAUCAGAUGAAUGUCUUCAGAGGCUGCUGCCAGUGAUCAAGGCAUCCAGAAAAGCUAAUCUAAGUUGCUGUAAUCUGACAGAGAAAAGUUGUUCAUCAUUGAGUUCAGUUCUCAUCUCAAACUCCUCAAGUCUGACAGAACUGAACCUGAGUUACAAUGAACUGCAGGAUUCAGGAGUGAAGCUUCUCUCUGAUGGACUGAAAAAUACAAACUGUAAACUGAAGAUAUUACAUCUGGAGCGCUGCAGUAUUGGAGAUGAAGGUUUUGUUGCUUUGGCUUCAGCUCUAAGAUCAAACCCAUCACACCUGACUGAACUUAAUCUGAGAUUUAAUAAUCCAGGAGAUUCAGGAGUGAAGCUGAUCUCUGAUCUACUGAAGGAUCCACACUGUAAACUACACAAACUACAUAUUGCACCUGGACCCUAUCAAUCAUCUACAAGAGCUACGGAUGACAAAUCAAACACCUGUCUUCAGUCAUAAAGUAGAAUAUCUGCUUAGUGCCUCCUACUGGCAAACAUCAGCAGUGAGACAUCAGAGCUCAACAUGAGAGACGUCUGUUAGAGUUAAACACACAAACAUGUGGAUGAAGAUCUGCAUUCAUAAUCCAGCAGAAGAGUUUAAUGAAGUUCAAUGAUGUUUGUGUUGUGGAUGUGAUUCUUACACAGCUGAUAUAUGACACUCAGUGUAUCUCUUUCUGUCUCAUCUGAUGCUCUUCUAAAAGUCUUCUGAGCUCUGCUGAUGCUUUAUUACCUGUAGAUCUUCAUCAUCAUCAUCAUCAUCAAAACAGUUCAUUCCAAUGAGAUAUAAGCUUUAGGUCAUGUGACUAAAUAUUCCUUAUACAUGUUUAUACGGAUCAUUUCUGAAUAUAAUACCCUGUUCACACUGUCAAUCCAAAUCUGAUUUUGGUGCAUAUCCUAUUGUGCAUAUCCGCUCUGAUCGCAUUUGUGUAGCUUUUCAGUUACGUCAUGCUGUCGCGUCAUGUAAAACGUAAACAUGCUAUAGAUUAGUGGCGUGCACAGACCUCCUCAGGGGCAGGGGCUGACGGACUUAAAAGGGCAUAAUUUUUUAUGUCAAACUACAAUCAAAUGUAUUUAUUACUUUGGUGUUUUUAUUCUUUCUUUCCUUGGCAUUAUUUAAAUAAUGUUGUAACAAAUGAAUAACACAUCAAACUUAAAUAGAGAAGUUAGGAAAAUAUUAUUUACUUUCGCUAACAAAACGGCGAGAAUCAAGUUUU